UGGCUUUGGCCGAGUAUGAGCGGCGUUUUCGCGUUUGUCGCUCGAGUUUCAUUCACGAAAACGACCUGUUCGAACAGCCACCCCCUCGUGUGCCUGUCGGAGGAAGGGUUAAGGCGUGCUUGAGCCACUUGUGUCGGGUUGAAGUCGGGUUAAACGCGAGAAAUCGAGAGACAAGAAGGUCGAACCGCGGAUACAGGCGUGUCUCUUCCGUACGGUUGCUCGAUUUCACGUACCUCGACUGUCAGUAAAGGUAUCUGGAAGAGGAUAAGGGGUAGCAGAGCCUGGAAUAGUUCAUUUUGGGUUAACGUACCAUCGAUUGAUAUUUUUCUUUUCUUUUGUAAAAUCGUUGAUUGUUUUCUUCGAGUGGAAAGUAGAGAGAGAUGCUGUAGCGUGAACACCGUGAUAGACGGGUCGUUAUUACGCGUGUAUGGUGGAUUAUGCGUGAUCGUAGAAACGAGGAAGUGAGGUAAAAGUGUUUUUUCGGGGCAAAAGCGGGCCGGCGAGCGAGGGGGCUCCGGGACUCGAGCAACAGGAAAAUAUCAGCUCGAUGCCGGAGGCGUCAGGGUCAGAAGUGGCCGAUGAGUCGGAUUAUUCGAUUUUCGAGAAUAAGACCGGCUUGGCCGAGGACAUGAAGUUUCUGGCUAGCAUGCCGGAACUAUGCGACGUGACCUUCCUCGUCGGUGAAACAAAAGAGCCCAUUUGCGCUGUGAAGGCUGUUUUAGCAGCCAGAAGUAGGGUGUUUCAAAAAAUGUUUUACCAAGCACCCAGUCCACAGCGUAAGAAGGAACCACCGCCGAAGGAAAACAAGAUCCGACUGUUCCUGAAAAGAAGCUCGGAACCGUUGCUGAAUCUGCAAAACGCGGCGCAACAGCGGUCAGGGUUCGCGCAGCAGUUGGCUCCCAUACAAGAGCCGAAUCAACAUCAGACCGUAAUCAUCGAGGAAUUCGAGCCCGACGUGUUUCGUCAGCUGAUCGAGUACAUUCAUACUGGAUGUGUGACGUUACAACCUAGAACUUUAUUAGGAUUGAUGAAUGCCGCCGAUUAUUAUGGAUUAGAACAGCUGAGAAAAGCUUGCACUGGAUUCGUGCAAUGUUGUAUAACAGUGGACACUGUGUGCGCUUUAUUGGCGUCGGCAGAACGAUACAUUCAGUACAAGUGUACGAAAUCCUUGGUCCAUAAGGUAUUCGAAUUCGUCGACGAACAUGGCAACGAAGUGUUGAAUUUAGGAUCCUUCACGCUGCUCCCCCAACAUGUAGUUCGUUUAAUCCUGGCAAGAGAAGAAUUACGAGCCGAUGAAUUCACCAAGUUUCAAGCGGCCUUGAUGUGGAGCAAGAAGUAUUGCGACAGCAAUCAAAAUCAAGAUCUGAAAGACGUGAUUGGCAAUUUCCUCGAGUACAUUCAGUUCCAUAAGAUCCCUGCGAACGUGCUGAUGAGAGAAGUUCAUCCUCUGGACUUGGUGCCUUCGAGGAUCAUAGUGAACGCGUUGGCCUAUCAGGCAGACCCGGCAAGCGUCGAUCCCGGACACCUGUCCCCCCACCGAGUAAAGCACCAGGACCGUAGUUUGUCGGUGCAGUCAUCUUUACAGGACCAAUUUGGCAGCAACACAUCGCUAAGCUCGACUGGGUCUGACGAGGGGUCCGACGAGAAGCAGCAUUCAGGUAAAUACGGCAUAGCAGAGCAGGAGAUAAGGGAGCACGAAAGAUGGCCGAAGCAUCGCUCUUCCGAAGAGGAGGAUAUACAGCGGUUGAUCGAGCAACGGAAUCAGUAUCAAUCGAUGAGGCAAGAGGAUACGCUGCAACGACAGCACGAUGAACAGCUGAUCAGGAAGCAGGAGGAGGAGCUAAGGAGACAGGAGAUGCAGGAAGAGUUCGAGAGGAGGCAGAAAGAACUGCAGAAGAAGAAGAAGCAGGAGGAGGAGUUGAGAAAGCAAAAAGAGCAGGAGAAGCUGAAGAAGCAGCAGGAACAGGAGGAGCCGAAGAAGCAGCAGAAACAGGAUGAGCCGAAGAAGCAGCAGAAACAGGAGGAGCUGAAGAAGCAGCAGGAGCAGGAGAAGCCGAAGAAGCAGCAGAAACAGGAUGAGCCGAAGAAGCAGCAGAAACAGGAGGAGCCGAAGAAGCAGCAGGAACAGGAGGAUCUGAAGAAGCAGCAGGAACAGGAGGAGCCCAAGAAGCAGCAGGAACAGGAGGAGCCCAAGAAGCAGCAGGAACAGGAGGAGCCGAAGAAGCAGCAGGAACAAGAGGAUCUGAAGAAACAGCAGGAACAAGAAUUGAAGAAGGCAGUAAAAGAAGUCGAGGAUGUGACGAAGAAGCAAAAGGAGGAAGAGAUUAAUCGACAGAGCCUAGAAGAAAAGAAGCAGAAGGAGGAAUUGAAGAAGCAGAAGGAAGUUAAAAAGGAGGAGGCUUCGAAGGAAGGAAAACAAGAUGCAGAUUUAGAGAAGAAGCAAGAAGAGGAGAAGGAGAAGAAGGAACAGCAGCUGGAAGUUCAGAAAGAGGAUGAUGAGAAACAGAAACAUCGAGAGGAUAAACAAGAAUUACAACAACCGGAAGAAUCGCAGAGCAAAGAAAAGAUUGAAGAAGAAAACGAAUCAGAGGAACCAAGCCUAUCGAAUCAGGAAAAAUCGCAACAACAAUUGGAAGAAGAGGAAAGAAUAAGAGGGGAGCAGGAGUUACUAAAGCAGCAGAAGGAAAAGGAACAACGAAGAAUUCGCGAGGAAAGAAAACUGCAACUACAGUUGCAGGAACUGAAAACCCAGUGGCCAUCGGAGGAAUUAACAAUAUACAAGCAGGAAGAAGCCUUGCAACGACAGAUAGAGAACCUGAGAUACGAGGAGCAAUGGGAGAGUCGACAAUUCCAGCAGAUGCAGUUGUAUUUUGAAGGUCGGAAGCCUGAGGCGGAAAAGAAACCAGAAAAGCGGCAAACAACGGAACGAAAGAAGACGGAAAAGAGGAAAGACGAAAGAGUAGAGAUUAGGGUACACGGGGCGGAAUCCCCUAAACAGGAAGACCCUGCCGUGACUGGUUUCUACAUAAAGUUAGUGGUGAGGCAGGAAGGCAGGGCGAAUUUGGUUUGGUUGUUCAAAACGCACAAAUUUUAAAUGGUUCUCGUUUCUCGUUAUCCUCUACUCUGGUUUUAUACACUGUUGACAUUUUAUAUAAUAAUUAACAAAUUAAUUUUCUCGCUGGAAGAGAAUUGUUUCAGUGUAUGACUAUUCUUAUCGUUUGAGUUGUCUCGCCAGAGAUUUCUAUAUGACGAAUCGUUGUGUUUUGCGAGGAACAUUCUUAGUACAUUAAUGUUUUUUAUCGUUGGAACCGUAUACAGGUAUUUAUGAUAAACGAGGAGACGUUCACUCGUGGUGGUUCUUAAUAAAACCGAAUCUCCAUCUACAGUCAGUCAUUAAAAAAUCCACCUCUGUAAAUGAUUGUAGACGAGGUACAUGCUCAUUAAAGUGAUUUAAUAGGUCAUACUAUACUACUACGAUAAUCGUACGAUUAUUUUAAGGAUACUCUUAAUUUGCGUAGUCUGUGGGUUGUAAUUGAACGCGAAGAGUUAUUUCAGUAACACACUGCUCAAGAUGAUUAGAAAAUUGCGUACACGAAUCUAUUUAUUCCUAACGAAAUUUGAUUAUUUUCCAUGCUAAGUAGACGGUAUCCUUUUACAUCUUCAGCGAUUGAUUUAUUCGAAAAAAUUAUUCGAGGAACCGGCGAAGUAAUUCUCCGAUUGCUUCGAGCGGUAUAUCAGCAUCAAAACGCAAAAUGUUAUCGAUACUGAUUUUGAGUGUGUUAUUUUACAACUGACAUCUUAACGACUACUUAUAUACGAUAAUUUACACGCGUUGCCUGCCUGUGAAUUCCCAACCAUUUCUUCGAUCUAAUCAUUAUCAAUUAUAUGGUGUCACGCGACGGCGGAGAACACGACUUUCGUCGACAUCAAUCAAUUCUCGCUUUCCCAUUAAACCACUACUUCAUGAUACUAUACUUAUUGCUCCGUCGACUUUUCUACUAUUCUCGUAUUAUUAUUAUGGCGAUACUAUCGCAGAUCGAAAAGGUCUACCCGAUUUUUUACCAAGCAUCUCGAACAUUCAUUCGAUCACUGCGCGAAGAAGAGGAAGUAGAAGAUCUGUACCGUUUAUUAUGAAAGAGAUUUUAACGUUCGUACGAAAUGAAAAAUAAAGUAUGCACAGUACUAGUAUGAGCAGCUAAUGAGAAAAUUAAGAAGUAUCUAUGUAGACGUUAUUGUUGAACUCUUUUACAAGGAAAAGACUACAAAUUAUAUACAUAUACAUAUAUAUAUAUAUAUAUAUAUAAACACAAGAGAAUAUAUAUACACGAUAUCUAUAUUUGACACUAUAUUAAAAAAAAGAAAAACAAUUGAUAUCGCUUAUGGGCGAGGUGUUCGAGAGCUGUGGUCGACGAUUUGACAAUGAUAAAUAAUUUCAUAAAUUGUUACUAGAAUCUUACAAUUAGUUCUAUGGCUUCGGACUUUUAAAAUGAAUGUUUGAAAUGUGAAAAUGAACGUUUCUAAAAAUGAAUCUUGACAAUGAUGUACCUUCGAACGAAAAUCGACGUUGUUUCGAUGAAAAUUGUCGAUUUUUAUUUGCCACGAUCUCUUAUUUUUCUACUUCAACGUUUUCAUACGAUUUACUUACUUACUGUACCCUGAAUAAUAUAAUUUCGCUCGCAUGGAAAUGUAAUUCUGCUGUUACAUUACAGCCGCUUUUUAUCACGAUUACGAUUGACAAUGAUAAAAGUGCAGUACGGUUAAUAUACGACAAUUUUACACGGGCGUGAAGCUGUAUAAUCGUGCUGCUGACUCGCAUCCACUUGCGUGCUUGCAACGAAAAAUUGUUUAUGAAACUGUGAAUACACAAAGUAGUAGUAAGUAAUGUUUAACGUGCAACAGGAGGAAAAGUGUUUUCGACGGUAAUUUCGAAUCGUUCAAUUCGGCCAAAUAUUUAUAACGCGCUUUUAAUCUCGAAAGCAUUGCUGAUUUAAUAUUUUCUAUUCCAUUGCCACGCUAUCAUGACUUUUCAUAUUUCAUACAACAAUCAGUGAUCGUGCUUUUCUUCGGUUCUCGAAAUUCUUUAUAAUUUCGAUUAUAGAAAGUAAUAAUAAGUAAUACGAUAGAAUAACAAAUUUCCAAUCGAAUUUGCCAAAGAUUUGUCACAGCGACAAAUAGCGCUACGAUAAAGAGGAUUAUUCGAUUUCUUGCUGUCAACAUUCUUCUUCCUAACUGCCGCACCUAAGCUAAUUGUUUAAGCAGCGGAGACGAAGCGGACUAUCAUCUAUUAAACGUUAUUGAUCGAUGUAAUACUCAGUAUUGGUACAAAGCAGAACGACGGAUCACUUGAUUCGCCAAACGCUAAACCCUUCGUUCAUGCAGACGGAAAAUGAAACUAUUUAAAUCGCGACGUAAGUUGAUUUAUAUGAUAUAAAAAUUUACGCCGAGUUAGUUGCUACCAACUCGCGAAACGAUGCGCAAUUUGUUCGUAUAUUGAAUCAAGCAAACAAACGGUGUACCUAUGUAAAUUGUAUAAUAUUGUGAUUAUCAUUCGUAUUCUCUAUACUAUCGCGAAAUUUCUUCGAAUAAGUAAUUUAUUAAUUGCCGUAUCAUUUUCCAAGAGUUUCUCGGAAUCGAAACUUUCUAUCACAAGUUAAUUUAUCGCGAAUUAAUAUCAUCCAAGAUUCCUUCAUCUUACUCUUUGUGUAUUUGAACAGUGGCAAAAGAAUCGUUCGAUACUUCAACAAUUCUUUGUUAUUUAGAUUUAUAACAACAGUAUUAAAAUAUCUCGUAUCGAUGAUACAAGAUCAUUCGAAGAGGAUUUUGACGAUAGUUUCACACUGUGUGUAUCGUGUACAGUUUGCUGGAACGAUUUGGCUAACGAUAAUCAUGCUAAAAAUCGUCACUAAAAAGAUACGAAGCAAAACGAGGAUCUUGUGUUAACAAUAAUAAAAGAUCCAAUCGUUGAUCUGUGUGAAAACAUCACGCAAUUUCCUGCAACCACUAGAACGCAACGAUCGAAGACGAAUUUUAAGUUUAGUCAUCGAAGAGGAAGUCUACUACUAAAAUUAUAAUGAUUUCAAGAAACUUGAAACCUCGCAAGCACUACCUUUUCGUUUAAUACUUCAAACUAUUUAGAAUCGAAGAACAACAUAGCUGAAGCAUCGUUGUGAUCAUGAGCUUUUCGCGAAUCUUUUUCAUAAUCGUGUCAGACAGUCGUGUAUCAUAAUCAUCGCAUAAUUAUUAAAUAAAUCUACAGAAAUAAGGAGAAGGAAAAUAUUGCAUCGAUUUCGUCGUUCUCCUUUCGUACAGCGUUGACAAUACUUUAAUCGUACGACACAUAUGUUCCCUAUCUCAGGCUAAACGUAAAAUGAUAAAAGUACAUAUAUAGAAUUAUAAUAAAAUAAUAGAAAAUCGUAAUCUGUAAGUGUACUACUGCUUUGCCCAAAAAGGUUGUGAUUCACUGGGUUUUGUUUCACUAAGGAAACACUUUCACGAGUAAGUAACAUUUUCUCCAUUCACAGACUUGUAAUUAACUAAAUAUCAAUUAUUUUCUUUGUAUCGAUACGAUUAUUACACCAUUCUAAAUUUUUUAAUCCUCCACUCAAAUUAUUCUGUACAUUCUAACAUAAUUUAUAUACACUUUGUUCGAGACUGAUUCCACGAUUUGCAUCGUUUAUUCAUUUUCCUACGAAAAACUUGUCUUUACCUCUACAGUCUUUCAAUAACAAUAGCAUUGGAAAAUCAAGGGAAGAAAAUCGACGUCACACCUUUCUCGAUAACAAACAUCAAUUCAGCGAACGGUGAAAUUGAUUUUUCAACAGAAAGUAUUCGACGAAUUAUCAAACGCACUUUGUAUAAAUCACAAAAAUGACAAAUACAUUGAAACAACAGAAAAGAUCGACAAACGUAUAAAAUAUUGUUGUUUAUUCGACACGAUGAAAUGUUAUUUCUGCCAAUAGCUGUAAGAAGAAAUCUGUUCGAUAGAACUGUACAAAGCUCAGUGGUAUUUCAAUGAUGAACAGGUGUGGAGGAAAUUGCACGUUGUCGAUGAUAAUCGCAUAAAAAAGGAGAACAACGGAACCGGGCAUCAAACCGUGAAGUUAAAUCGCAGCCGUCACUGUCGGAAAAUUGUAUUUUAUUAUCGUCACGUUGUACGCGGCUCAGUUGCAUAAGUGUCAAGAGUAUAUUUAUGAAUGUGGUGUAGUCUACUUAAUCUGUGUAUCGUUGUCUGUCCGUGCGCAUCGUUACUUCUGCUGUUUUGUACGUAAGGUGUGCGUAAAAAAAUAACAAAAAAUUAAUUAUUAAACAAUGAUAUGUCGUUGAGUAGCCUAAGGGCGUUAACUACCCGUUACAGUGUUACCAUCGAUCCCACCGAGAUUCAGUCGAUCCGAUCGAGACAACUAUCUUCUCAAUUUUUGUUUCGAUUGUUUCGUUAAAAUGUUAAUCUAAAUAAUCCAUUAUUUUUUGACGUACGAGGAGGAUCUGAAUUUUUCUACAGGGUAGAUUAUAAUUACAUUUAUAACAAAUUUCAAGCAACUUUUGUCAAAUUUUCUUUCCAUUCUUACAACUUUCUGCUAUAUUCUUGUUAUAAGCGAAGAGACGUCGCGAUUCGAUCGACGAGUUUAACGGUGAUCGGUGCAAUUCUAUCUAAAGUUCGAUCUCUAUCAUGUUGUGAUAUUCUGUAGCCAAAUGAGUUGAAAUAAAGGGAGAAGAGCGUGAUGUCAAGGAA